AUGCAGACCACCGUUUUAUGGCUCGAUGGAUGCUUCGAUGGCUUCCAUUAUGCGCAUGCAAAUGCGUUCAGACAAGCACGAAAGCUGGUCGACGGUCCAGUGCAUAUGAUGGCUGCUGUGCACUCCGACGAAGAGAUUAUGAAACAUAAAGGCCCUCCGCUAUUCGACGAAAAGGAAAGAUACGCCGUAGUGGCGGGAUGUCGGUGGGUUGACGAAGUAAUAGAAGGGGCGCCUUACAUCACACAACUUCAUGUUCUGGACAAGCAUCACGUCGACUUCCUGGUCCACGGAGAUGAUGCCGUUGUCGACGCGACGGGCAGUGAUAUAUAUGCUCCCUUAAAGCUACGCGGCAAAUACAAGGAGUUCAAGCGCACCGAGGGGAUAUCCACAACUUCUUUGAUCCAGCGUGUGCUCGAUCAUCCUAGAUGGGAGCAUGAUUCUGGACAUCUUGAUGCACUGUUGCAGGAAUUCUUGCAGUGCAUUCCAGCUCGCUUCCCCGUAGUGGAUCUCUCCGCCGGUGAUAAUCAGGGCUCUCCAGCUAUGGGGACUCUGAGAGGGAAGAAGGUAUACGUUGGGGGAGCUUGGGACUCCUUCGGCUCAGGCCAUGUCCAUUAUUUGAGACGGGCGAAGGAACUAAUUUCCCCGGAUACCGCAGUCAUUGUGGGAGUAUGGGCGGACAAGACAGUAGAGGAGGUUACCGGGGAGAAGCCAUUACUGGCCCAGAUAGAGAGGGUCCUGGCAGUCGUGCAGUGCAAAUACACCGACGCCGUGCUUUAUAAUGUACCGGCAUCCCUGCCUCUAUCUUCGUACUUGUCGUUGGGAAUCGAUAUUGCGGUCAAUGAGAAUAUAAAGGAGGAAGGUCCGAACAUUGUACAAGUGGAGCAUAUACCUGUUCCGCCAUUCCAAACACCGACAAGUUUGCGCGCAAGAGUCGAAGCACGUCUGGGCGCCUAUAAGGAGCGACAGCGACGGAAACAACAUAGCUAG